CUCAUCCAACCGAAACUCCAACGCCCCGGGGGAGUUCUGGAUCGGUUUCUGGAUUCCUCUUUGUAUAAAAAGCGAUCGCCCCGGCGGCUUGGGCGGCAUUCGUACGAUCGACGGUAAGCUCCGGCGUUGGGUUCACGCGCAUCACUCCGGGGAAAGGAACAGGAAACACCCAGCAUGCCAUCGUCAACCAAAGUGCGUAGUUCAUUCGCCGUGCAGGGCUUCGCUCUCAGCCUGCUGCUGACGCUGGCAGCGACGGCUCGCGGUGGCUCGCUAGUGCACGAGCUGACGGUGGAGGCCGGCGAACUGGUGGGCAGCUGCCUGCGCCGGUCGGCCGUCUCCCGGUGGGACUGCGUGAAGAACGAAAGCCUGGCCGCGGUGCAGCAGCUUUCGGACGCACCGAGAAUUGUGCUGCUGGAGGGAAUACAGCUGGUGCGGAGCAGUGACGAGCCGGGAAACAGGCACGAGACGCAUAGCCCAUUGGCCGUCGGGGAGCAAGAUGGUACCAUUGCAGCCACGUGGAGUGGCGCCGUGCUGAGCGCACUGAGGCGGCUGUUGGACACGCACGUGCUCGAGGUGGAUCUGGCGUAUCCGAAUGACGCAUCGGCGAGCCGCGCAUACGGCGAAGGACGUCACCGGCGCCGCCAGCAGAUGAUACCGAUGAUGAUCUUCGGCGUGACCGUGUUCGGCAUGUUCAUCAUCCCGAUCGCGUUCCAGUUCCUGACCGCGCUCAGCGGCAAAGCGUUCCUGAUGGCGAAGCUGGCCCUGCUGCUCGCCUCGAUGAACGGCCUCAAACGGGUGGCAUCAGCGGGCGUGCACUACGGGCUGUACCAUGCGGUCGACCAGCAUCCCGUACCGGUGCCGCAUCCACCGCCCCCGUUCCAUCAGCACUCGCACGCGCUGCCGCUGCUGUACGAGCGUGCCGAGGGACUGUACGCGGACGGGCCACGGCGCAGCAGUGGCGGCACGGACUGGCGCCAUUUUUGAGCUGCCUAACAAACGGCGUCAUCCUAGCAAACAAUUCCAGAAAGCUAUUAUAGUUUUAUUUAUUGCGUUCCGCUUCCGCGUUUUUAUAGCUGCUUGUUGUCAUUAGUGGUCCGAGGGCGGGAGGGUUGUUCUUUGUUUUUUUUUGUAUUCCUUGUAGGACCCUAAUCCAAAAACCGCAAAUAUAGAGAGCUUUUGAUUGGACCGUGCCGUAUAUGGGAUCUCGUUUGCUUAGUCCUCUCAGCCUAGGCGCGUGUUCUGUUUGCUGUAACAUCCCCGCAGAGUGGGCAAUAAAAACCAAAAAUAUCAUCCUCCCUUUUUGCUGUGAGUUGGGCACACCCCGUAACGAGAGGCCGUACGUCAUCCCCAGGUCGGUACAGUCGGUCUUGGGCUUGUGUACCGGGGGGAAGUGGCGCCUGCAAUGGUGGUGGCUACGGGUGAGUUGUUCGAUUGUAGGAAUCACACUUUUCCAUCGACUCGGCAUGUUUAUACAUCGUUUUCGGAGCGUUCAGUUGCUGUUCGAGUCGGUGGUGUGUUUGGGCAGAAAGUUUGUCCUUUCCCUUUGGCGUGGGCGAUGGGAUCGCCAUCCGGGGCAGUAGCAGUACUCAACGCUCAACAGAAAAAGGGAAGAGAGAGAGAGAUAUAAAUAAAGAGAGAAUGAGAA